UAGUAGGGCAUAUUCUCCGAUUCAGCUGGACAGUGUAACGCAUUAUCCUAUAUACAUAUUAAUACAUACUCGUAGUGUAAUUUGCCUGCGAAUGAAGAGGAUUUUUAUGACUGAGGAGCGCGCUUCUAUGUGUGUUGUGUGGUUUUAUUCUGCGCAGACUUAGUAGCAACAAGAAGAAGAAGUAGAGAAAAACGUACUGACAAUAGGUCACGGUUGGAUCACUGUCGACUCCUUUCGUCAGCUGAAAAUGGUCAUCACGCACGUGAUGGUCGGUGCAAUUUGUCUUGCAGGGCUUAACUAUGCAAGUGGAGAAGGAGUAGGGUAUGGCGCUCCAUACAUAGGUGUUCAUGGCGAAGGUGUAUUCUCACCAGAGAAUGAGAAAAAGCCGCUGGACUACGGUAUAACCUACCAAGGCUGCUUCCAAUUCUCAAACGACUUCAUAAUGGCAAGCUAUAGACGCAUAGACGCGUACAAUCUCAAUCUGAAGUGUGCCAUUGCCUGCCAGUAUUGGGGCUACAUCUUAGCGCUAACUGCCGAGGAUCUGUGCGUUUGCUCCAACGACUUGCCCUACACGGUCUACAUCUCCAAUCUUGCGGGAGCAGGAAGUCUGUGUGAAAAUACGUGCCCUGGCGUAAAGGCCUCGAAACAGUACAACUGUGUGAAGGACGAGUGUUGCGGUGGAGACCAGGACUACAAACAUACGAUUUUCUCGGUGUAUUCUACCGGAAAUGUUGACGUCUACGCGCAGAUCAAGCGACGACUAUACAGGUCGCUGACACUUGAAGGCAGACUCAAUCACCUCUUUGGCUCCCACGUAUGUCCAGCAGCAGGGGGCUACGGGUACGGGAACCAAGGAAAUAUUCCUGCAGAACAUAUUGAGAUGGACCUGUACGGCAUAGAGCUUCACCUUGACAAACUGACCCGAGUGUUGAAAAAAAAUGUGCAUCCUUAUUACGAGGCUGUGCCUCUUGGAGUGUACGACGGACAACUGGAUAACACUGAUUCACCUUACCCAAGCACGCUGAUUAAGUUCUACGAGAUAACGGAUACGUACGAGGAUUCUUAUGGUACGGACACGGGCAUAUCGCGUGACAUCGCCGUUUCAGCAGGCGCAGAUCCAGACAGACAAGUCUACGCGUUAGGGUUGCCAGGAAAGGUCGCUGCCUCGUUCUCUUCGGACGCGGCAGAAGGAAAGUCGUUUUCCUCAUCGUACUCACAUGCCGUUGCUGUGGAGAUUACUCAGGGCAUCGAGGUUGAUACGGAAGUGCCUGAAGGCCAUACAGCAAUGAUCAACAUGUUCCUGGAAAAAGACAUCUACGUCAUCAAAUGGAGAGCGCAGUUCUUUACUGCCGGGUUCGCCAAAAUCAAGUGGUGUAACCGGUGGGCAACAGUACACAUCAGUCAGCUUCUUGACCAGCGAGAACGAGAGUUCUUCGCCUUUGGCACGGCAAAAUAUCACGAGCGCUACCAGUGGGUGGGCAAGGUAACGUUCUACGACAAACACGGCCACCAACUCGGCCCAAAACCAGAGCUGGGAGAAGAAGGCAAUUCCUUGUCGGAAACUGAAGAACCCCUAGAUGCCUUUCGCGAACUAGCGGCGCCACCUACCAGACGGCACAAUACCCCUAUAUUCGAUCAAUUACGCAGGUUUCGAAAUCGGGGCCCCAAGUCCGGUAGGGUAGUUUACUCACCAGAAUCGAGUGAAACAGAGGGUCGCCACCGUGGGCCCGUUAUUAAGGAAUUAAACGUAAACUAAUUCGUCUUUCACGGAGAUAUAGCUCAGCGAUUAAGGUGUGACGCUUAUACCGUCACGGCAGUGACAACUUAUGACGAUGCUAAGUAUUGGCGAAUUCUCAGGUAUCCCCAAUGUGAAAGUUAAGGCCGCAAGGCGGAAGGUGGCGCUGUGAGCUUAAUGGGCGUGACCUGUGGGCUAAUGACGACAUUUUCCCCUGUCAAUGAGCUUAAUCACCUGAGCAGCUAUGUUCAAGAACGUCUUCCUGAUGACACGUUCAUUUAUAAAUGUAACGUGACAUGCAUACUAGUAAUGUAUUUUUUUCCCAUCUCAAACUUGCCUGAGCUGCGUGGAUAGGGUUAGAGAACAAGGUCAUUUUAUCGUUUACCAAGCCAGGCCUUAUCUAUGCUUCUAACCAAGCGUCAUUAUUUUCUAUGCUUCUAACCAAGCGUAAUUAUUAUCUAUGGUUCUAACCAAGCGUCAUUAUUAUCGUAAAUUCACACACACAUAUAUCAUUACGCCGCGGAUGACAGAUUGGCAGGGACCAGAAACAUUUUAUUCUUAGUCAUUGCCUUCGUCGCAAGUUAUUGCAAGUGUUAUAAUAUCACGAAUUUUUUACCGUAGGGCCUAUAUAUGGCUACUUUGUUUUUGACAAUGGUCCCCAGCAUAGCAAUUUUGUAAAUAGAUAUAACAAAGUUUGCCUAACAGAUGUACAUAACGUGAAUUUUGCGUGGUUAUGAUUGUGAUAGGUCUUGACUGGAAUCUAAUAUUUUAUAUAAGAUGAAUUGCCUCGUAAAUCAAGAUGGGACUUUUUAGUAAUUUUGACAUAAAGGUGUUUGCUGCAUGUCAAAUAGUUUUAUACCCUGUGUAGUCACAUUCUAUAAAGGCAUUGGAUUAAAUUAUUCAACUAUUUAACAACAAUUAUAUUUUGAUCACUUAAAUUCAAAUCACACUUUACAUAAAACUCAUUUUUGUUAUUUUAACGUAGUUAUAUGAAAUAGCUUCUAACAGCCCAAGUCAGUAAUCGUUAUGGUGGCUUAUAGGUUGCUGUAUUUGUAUAGAGGAGCGACAUCUCCUUCUCUCGUUACUGUAUAGUUGUCUCUGAUAAUAUAGCGAUUAAACUGGUCAGCAUAAUCCAGGAAAUAAUCUGUACUAGCAAGUCUAGUUGAUAAUAUACAAAAAUGGCCUUUAUUAUAAAAUAUAUUAUUAUUGAAAAGUAUGAAACAACUUCUAAUCUAAGAUAAUUAAGAUAGGUAAGAUAUAUAAGAUAUUUAUUCCAUAAAAUGUUGACCAUUUAUCUUGACUUUAUGUUUAUGACAUUUACAACUGGUUUACAUGUUUUGAGCCCACAGCACGGCUGAAAGUAAUUCAUCGUUAAACAACCUGUAGGCCCUAAUAUAUAGUUCUGAAUAAAAUAUAUAUUAGGUCGAGUUCAAAAA